AUGAAAAUAGACGGUAAGCGUCAAUUAGAAGAUAUGAGAGAAGAACGUGAUUCUUGGAUGGAACGAGUAACUUCUAACGUAGCCGAUAAUUAUUUUAACGAAAGUCGACUUGACCUUUUAAAUGGAAAUAUUUUGUUGGAAGAUAUUUACAGUCAUCUGACCUUGUCAAAAAAAUGA